CUAUUACUUUUAUACUCUUUACGUUAUUCAAUUAAGCAGAAUAAACGAAAAACUUUUUUCUCCCCUUCCCGAGUGAGUAUGAUUUGCAUCAUCGUCGACUUCUACAACAUUCAAGGUUUCCAGUUUCAGCUGUAAUUUCGUCAUUUUCGUGAAAUUUAAAGCAAUUCCCACCAUAUUUUAUUCAGAGAAAGAAACAUAGUAGCAAAGAAUUGAUCUAAAAUACAGAUCCCAGACAAGGGUAAAGAAGGAGAAGAAAAAUGGUGUUGAUUAGUGCAGUUAGAGAUUACAUCAAUCGAAUGCUUCAAGAUAUCUCUGGCAUGAAGGUUCUAAUUCUCGAUCCUUCCACGGUUAGUGUUGUUAGUGUUGUCUACAGUCAGUCUGAUCUUCUGAAGAAGGAAGUCUUUUUGGUGGAACUGGUAGACUCAAUCUCUAAGUCAAAGGAAUCCAUGUCUCAUCUUAAAGCUGUGUACUUCCUUAGAUCUACAUCUGAAAACAUCCAACACUUGAAGCGUCAGCUCGCUAGCCCUAGAUUCGGGGAAUAUCACCUUUUUUUUUCCAACAUACUGAAUGAUACCCAGAUUCACAUUCUAGCAGAUACUGAUGAACAUGAAGUUGUGCAGCAAGUUCAGGAAUUUUAUGCCGACUUUGUUUCUGUGGAUCCUUAUCAUUUCUCGCUCAAUAUAUCUUCAAACCACUUUUAUAUGCUUCCAGUGGCUAUGGAUCCUUCAAAUCUGCAACACUAUUGUGACCGAAUUGUUGAUGGUAUAUCAGCAGUUUUCCUUGCGCUAAAACGCCGACCUGUUAUCAGAUACCAGAGAACAUCUGAUAUUGCAAAAAGAAUAGCACAGGAAACUUCGAAACUCAUGUAUCAGCAAGAAAGUGGUCUGUUUGCUUUUAGGAGAUCAGAAACGUUGUUGCUGGUACUGGAUAGAAGGGAGGAUGCAGUUACUCCACUUCUUAAUCAAUGGACAUAUCAGGCAAUGGUUCAUGAGUUGAUAGGAAUUCAAGAUAACAAAGUUGAUUUGAAAAGUUUCGGAAAAGUUCCGAAAGAUCAGCAGGAGGUUGUUCUGUCGUCAGAGCAAGAUUCGUUCUUCAAAGCUAAUAUGUAUGAGAACUUUGGAGACAUUGGAAUGAAUAUCAAGCGCAUGGUUGAUGAAUUUCAGCAAAUUGCAAAGAGUAACCAGAACAUCCAGACCAUCGAGGACAUGGCUAAAUUUGUUGAUAAUUACCCCGAGUAUAGAAAAAUGCAAGGGAAUGUUUCAAAACAUGUCACACUUGUGACAGAAAUGAGCAAGAUAGUUGAAGAAAGAAAGCUCAUGUUAGUGUCUCAAACAGAACAAGAAUUGGCUUGCAAUGGUGGUCAAGGUGCUGCAUUUGAGGCUGUUACAAAUCUUCUGAACAAUGAGCAUGUCUCUGAUAUUGAUCGCUUACGGUUGGUAAUGCUGUAUGCAUUACGUUAUGAGAAGGAAAAUCCUGUCCAGUUAAUGCAACUUUUCAACAAGCUUGCUUCAAAAUCUGCAAAACACAAGCCUGGGCUGGUACAGUUUCUCUUGAAGCAAGCAGGUGUUGAUAAGCGUACAGGGGACCUGUUUGGGAAUCGGGAUUUAUUAAAUAUCGCACGCAAUAUGGCCCGUGGACUAAAGGGUGUCGAGAAUGUGUAUACCCAACACCAACCUCUUCUGUCCCAGACUAUGGAAAGUAUUUCAAAGGGUCGAUUGCGAGAUAUUGACUAUCCAUAUGUUGGAAAUCACGUCCAGCCCGGAAGGCCACAAGAUGUUGUCAUUUUUAUUGUUGGUGGGACUACCUAUGAAGAAUCGCGCUCUGUUGCACUGUUUAAUUCCACCAAUCCUGGGAUUCGUUUUAUACUAGGAGGCACAACAAUUCUCAACUCUAAAAGGUUCUUGAAAGACCUCGAAGACGCUCAGAGAAUCAUUCGGUCCAGCAGCACUUUAGUAUAAAACAUACAAUUCUCUUUGUAGUACCAAAAUCAUGUGCAGGCAAUGUAGCUAUUAGCUCAGGAAUUCUUUUCACCACUAGCCGAGUCAAAUGCGGAAUACUUAAAAGUUCAAACCUUCGGUUGAUGGAAGCGUAUCUAGGUCUUAGCGAAUCCCAUUAUACGUACGAGGCCUCAAUUUUCCUGCAAUUGUACCAACUAUUGGACUUUGAAAUCUCGACGACGACACACCACCGGUCUCUUUUGUUAAUGUUGAGGAUCUUUGUUGAAUUAUGUUCUUUGACUUGAAAGGGAAGUUGUAUCUAUGAAGUGAGGAUUGAUGUAAAAUGUAUUUCUUUUUGAGAUAUAAUUGAAACAGGAAAAUGAAAGAGAAAUGAUUUCUUUCUUUUGAUAUUGGUGAAAUUUUGGACACUGUUUUCGAGCAGUA